AAAAGAAUUUGAGGCUGAUAAGUAGUUUAAGAAAAGGUCCACUAAAUUAUGGAUGUCUUCCCUCAGUCAUAAAUACCAAUUGAGUUUUGCACUCCGUUCCAUCAGAAGUGGACUGUUGAAAAUUAAUAGCCCGUGUUAUUGUGCUAAUGUAUGUGCUUGCAUGUUUUCUAAGUGGUGAUUUAUUGGACCGUAAAGAGAAACACUUAAAAAUCUUCUGAACACUUUUAAGUGUAAAGUCUAAGAAAGUUUUUUUUAAAAAAUUACUUUGUGGUCCAUAAAUUGACCCUUAUGCUCUUUCUAAAUUAUAACAAAGUAAAUUAAUUCAUUUUCUUUCCUACUUCUAGGACAGUUGCGAAUUUAAUAUUUAUACAACACUUGGGUAGUUGUAGUCUAAUAGAGUUACUUUGAAGUUUUAAAGCCACAUAAAAAUUGUUAUAGUAGAUUAAAGAGUAGAGCUGACUGGAUCUCAGUUUCCUCAUCUGUAAAUUAUGGGGAAAUUAAUUAAAUGAUUUAAGUCCUUUUCAAAAAAAAAAAAAUGUAGAGCUGAUCACAGAAAAGACAAAGAGGCCGUGCCUUAGGUAUGCCUCUCCUCAUAUAAGAUCAGAGCUAGUAGUUGCAAAAUAAGGACAAUCCUUUCUUCACCCACAACUUGGGGGGGGGGAGGGGGAGGCGGUGGUACACUCUCCUGAGUAAGUAGCCUCCCUUCCUCAUCUCUAGAUUGAAUUUGUUUAUAUUAAUCAGAAUUGGUUCAGCAACUUUAGGGAAUGUGUGCUUUCUCCACCUCCCCACCAGCAAGAAUGUUAAACAUAGUUUGGGAGGAUACAUAUUCCACAAUUUAAAGUAUGUAAUUUGAAGAAUGUAUGAUGUUUGAGAAACCUGAAAAAUGCAUUAUUGGGGCAAAUAUGUAAUGAUUGAGAAAUCCAAAAUGCAUUAGAAAUAUGUAUUAAUCACAUUUUUAAAAAUUAUUUUUAUGUGGUCUAGUUAGUCCUUUGAAAUCAGUCUUAACUAGGCAAGAUGAAGAUGGCAUAUCUGAAAUAGAACUGAAAAAUGAGGAAAAAGUAUCAGAAGUUGUAAAAGAACCUCCUAGCAUCUUGGAUUCAUCUGAUUUAACAAGAGAGAGACACAUCUCAAUCCAAAGGCAGCUUGCUGAUCUAGAGAAGUUAGCCUUCGUAGCUGAAGAUUUUGACUCUGCCAGUUCAUUGAACUCAGAUAAUCUUGAUGCAGGAAACAAACAGUCUUGUCCAUUGUGCCCCAAGGAGAAAUUCAGAGCUUGUAAUAGCCAUAAGCUUCGUCGUCACCUUCAAAAUUUACACUGGAAAGUCUCAGUUGAAUUUGAAGGUUAUAGGAUGUGCAUCUGUCACUUACCUUGUCGACCAGUGAAACCAAACAUUAUUGGAGAACAGAUAUCCAGUAAAAUGGGCGCCCAUUAUCAUUGUAUCAUUUGUUCAGCAACAAUCACCAGAAGGACCGAUAUGCUGGGACAUGUUAGGCGACAUGUGAAUAAAGGAGAGACGAAAUCCAGGUAUAUUGCUGCUUCUGCUGCAAAACCACCUAAUGAAAUUUUGAAAGAGGCAGACACAGAUGUACAAGUUUGUCCUAACUAUUCUAUACCUCAAAAAACAGAUUCCUAUUUUAAUCCCAAAAUGAAACUAAAUCGGCAGCUAAUAUUCUGUACCUUGGCUGCUUUGGCUGAGGAACGAAAACCUUUGGAAUGUCUAGAUGCCUUCGGAGCCACUGGGAUAAUGGGAUUACAAUGGGCAAAACAUCUUGGAAGUGCAGUUAAGGUUACAAUUAAUGACUUGAAUGAGAACUCUGUGACACUGAUUCAGGAAAACUGCCAUUUAAACAAAUUGAAAGUGGUGGUGGACAGUAAGGAAAAGGAAGAGAGUGAUGAUAUUCUUGAAGAAGGAGAGGAAGACCUUGGUAAUAUUAAGGUGACCAAAAUGGACGCCAAUGUACUGAUGCAUUUGAGAUCCUUUGAUUUCAUACACCUAGACCCUUUUGGAACAUCUGUGAACUAUCUAGAUUCUGCAUUCAGAAAUAUAAGAAACCUUGGCAUAGUUUCAGUGACUUCUACAGAUAUCAGUUCUUUAUAUGCCAAGGCACAGCAUGUUGCCCGGCGUCACUACGGCUGUAAUAUUGUCCGAACUGAAUAUUACAAGGAACUAGCGGCCAGAAUUGUUGUAGCUGCAGUGGCAAGAGCUGCAGCCCGAUGUAACAAAGGCAUUGAGGUACUGUUUGCAGUGGCUCUGGAACAUUUUGUGUUGGUUGUCGUGAGAGUUUUGAGGGGGCCUACCUCUGCAGAUGAGACAGCCAAGAAGAUUCAGUACCUGAUCCAUUGUCAGUGGUGUGAAGAGAGAAUUUUUCAGAAGGAUGGUAAUAUGGUAGAAGAAAACCCAUAUAGACAGCUGCCCUGUAACUGUCAUGGAAGCAUGCCUGGAAAGACAGCGAUAGAACUUGGACCACUAUGGUCAAGUUCCCUUUUCAAUACUGGAUUCCUCAAAAGAAUGCUAUUUGAAUCUUUUCACCAUAGUCUGGAUGACAUUCAGACCCUAAUAAAGACAUUAAUCUUUGAAUCAGAGUGUACUCCUCAAAGUCAGUUUUCAGUUCAUGCACCUUCAAAUCUCAACAAGCAAGAAGAAUAUGGUGUGUUUAUUAAAACUACAGAUGAUACCACAACAGAUAAUUACACUGCACAAGGAAAGAGAAAAGGUAAUGAAACAAUCACAACUUUAGCCAAAAGGCAGAAGACUGAUGUCAGUACUGAACAUCCUCCCUUUUAUUACAACAUCCACAGACACAGCAUUAAAGGAAUGAAUAUGCCAAAGUUGAAAAAGUUUUUGUGCUAUCUUUCUCAAGCAGGCUUUCGAGUAAGCCGGACUCAUUUUGACCCAAUGGGUGUUCGUACAGAUGCACCUCUGAUGCAGUUUAAGUCCAUCCUUUUGAAGUACAGCACCCCUACCUAUACUGGAGGACAGUCGGAGGGCCACGUCCAGUCAGCAUCCGAAGAUACAGUAGCUGACAGGGUUGAAAUGUCAGUGAAUGACAAAGCAGAAGCAAACAGUUGCAGAAGAUGGUAAAUGUAGAGAAGAGUUACUCAGAUGUCUGUAUAGAUGGCCUAAUCUCUAUACCAACUGUAGUUCUUUUUCUAUUCUUUCAAUUCAGUGGUGUAAAAAUAAAAAACAGUGCUGUUUUCAUUCAGAAAA